AGUGUGUGUGUAGACGGCUAAGGCGUGCGCACGCGUUCCAAGAUUCAAUACAAUAUCGAGUCAACUAAAUCAAAAUGCGAUUAUUCGUCGUGAUUGCCCUUUUGUCACUCUCCUUCGCCAUCGUAGCCCCUACGAUGGCGAAGGAGAGUGACUGGCAGCCGAUCCUGCCUGAUACUUCGGUGAUGUUCUCCACAUACCAUACACCUGAAAGGUCUUUAGAUAGCAGUCAACAAUUGAAGAUUGUGAACCGAAGACCAAUCCACUCACCAUAUGGAUCCGGCAACAAAGUCAGCCUGUUCAACCCAGCGAGCCAAAUGUCUGAUACUUGCAGCAUCCAUAAGGUUUCUAUGAACCAGGAGCUGUUCUUCCAAUACAUGGAGUAUGAAAAAGAAAUUCCGGAUCUCAAGGAGUUUACUCUUUGCAUGUGGACCAAGUUUCACAAUCACUCCGGCGACCAUCCUCUGUUCUCUUAUGCUGUCGGAGAGAACCCGAGGGAGAUAUCCGCUUGGAUAUCAAACACUGAGGAGGCGAGUUAUUUCAGCAUGGCUGUCCAUGGACAGACAUUCUUCAGGCUGAAUUAUCCUCUAAAGCUAAACACAUGGUAUCACUCCUGUCAAUCAUGGAACGGAAAAACUGGCGAGUGGCAAAUCUGGGUGAACGCGGAACGUGUCGGCAGAGGAUUCAACAACAGACUCGUCGGUCACACCAUUAAGGGAGGCGGUUUGGCAAUUUCUGGCCAGGAUCAAACAAUGCUCUACAAUAAAGAGAAUAUAGAACCAGUUGCAAGACAAUCCGGUUUCAUGGGUGAAAUCACAAUGCUCCAGUUGUACCACGUUGCGUUAACUGCUGGCAAGGCUCACAAGGACCACAAGCAUCACCACGUACACCACUUCAAACACGAUGGCACUCCAAUUGAAUCUUCCACUGAAGCAGCGACUGAACCUCCUCCACCACAAGCCACUCCCCUCGGAAAUGGAAACUUUUUGAUCGGUGGCCAGCUGCAAAGAGCGCCUUCCCUAAACUUGGCUGGGGCUCAACAAAUGGUUCCUGUGCAGCUUCCCAAUGGCCUUCAACUUCAGCAAGAGUACAUCAACGGACAACUUUCAAACAAACUCGUCUCGGAACAGUUAUUGAACAGCGUUCAGCCUUUGCCUAAUCAUUUGGGUGCUGGAGCCCCUCUGUCAUCUCUUAGUCAGCUUGGACAAAGCCAAGGAUUCCCAAGGUCACCUAUUGGUCCUUCAAAGGGCACAACCGUAGUAUUGUCUGGUUCCUUGUUGAACCCAGCUAAUGUGAAAUACAUCGAUGACACUGUCUCUCACAAUCUGUUCAAGAGGAACUCUAAGCGUGAUAAGAGAGACAACCCUGAGAAAGAGUUGAAGGAAGAACAUGCUGCAGGUAAAAAAGAUAAAAGAGGCUUAGUGGCAUUGUCGGAUGGGUCAAUUGUCGACGAGGCUUUGUUGAGUACGGACCUGAUCGACGACAACAAGGAGGAUGAAGCCCUGUUCCAACAGUCCCUCCUCAAUGGCCUGGCCGGAUUCGUCGGAAACCUUCCCGUACAGAAUUUGCAAAAAGAAACUGUUGAUGAAAGAGAGCCUGCCGAAGCAGAGGUGAAGGCAGUAAUGCAAGUCUGCAGCGGUUGUGCCCCUGAACCAUUCAAGAAGGCCCUCGUCAUCUCCUGGAGGGCGACCCCGAAGAAACUGUACAGCGGCGCCCAUUACUACAAGGGUUUACCCAUCUGCCGAGCCUUUUAACCUAACGUCGAUUCUACUAUUAUGUACAAAGCAUAGCCCUUAUUAACCUUCUGUAAGUUAUCCUGCGCAAAAAGCGACGGUACAUUGACAGAUUUUUAAUCAAAUUGUACAUACAUACAUGUAUUUUAAUUAAGUUUUAUUAAUACGAGUUGACUAAAGCAAUAUUGUUUUUUAGUAGCAGAGACAACCAUUUUAGAAUAAGCAAUGAUUUUCAAAAAACUUUACCUGUACGUAAAACGCCAUUUACUUUAAGUGUUAAAUAUAUUUUAAUAACAUAUUUUAGUUUUUAUAUAAAAAUCAACAAUUUAUUGAUUGAGGCUGCCAGGCGAUUGUCUGGGACGUAUGUAUAAAUUAGUCAUUGGUUUUUGAAAGACGUUCGGUGUAUAUUAUUUAUUGUAGUUUAAGGAGAGGAUUCAAUCGUUACACGAGGUUUACUCUUUAGUUUGUAAGACCAUCUUACCGAUUUGUUACCAUUUUUUUGAAAAUAAAUCUAUAAAGUACUAAUUCGUGCGUUUCUUUUAUACACUAAAUUAUUUCCCUUAAGAGUUUCUCCUAACCGCCGCCGUAGAUGUUUCUCCGAGGUUCUAAACUCACUUACCUGCAAUUUGAAGAACGAAUACUGCUGAUACUCCAACUUACCUUGGUCUUAUGCACGUGCUGAUGAUGAUAUUCGGAGUCUAUCUCAGGCUCGCUGAAGUAGCUCUGAUC